UCUAAAAGCAAGUACCUAUACUUGCCUUCGGUUUUAAAUAGACUGCGUGUUUUAGGUACGCCUUCAAAAUUAUUUGUUAUGACGACUUAAUUUACAAUGCAAAACCAAUUUAAGAAACCCUAUCCAAUGAGUCGUACUUCAUACCCUACCUCCAAUGCAGAGUUAGAUACAUGGGUCGAACAAACUAUUCAAAGAGAAAUCGCUCGAGGUCGAAUGCUUCAAGACCAGAAGUCACUAGCCUCGGAGCGCUCAAAUAAUGUCCGUGUCCUCAUCAAGUCGCCAAAACUCGUCAACGGCGGAAACUUCCAUAGAAGAACUAUUUCGAAAUGGAACAAACGUGGUCGUAGUAAGUCCCCACUCGCGAAGAAUGCCAGGAUGAGCUCGUCAGCAUCACGGGAUGACAGUUGCCGUUCAUAUCAAAGUCCGCGGGUGGGCCGGCCGGCGUGCUCUAUGCGAAUCAGCGAGUUAGCUGCGCCGACCAAGCGACAGUGUAUGGCUUCGUGGAGAGCCAAUGCUAAUGUACUGCCGGAAGCGAUGAUAAAUCGGCUGAAACAGCGUGUUACGGACCAAGAACCAAUAGUAAAAGUCUCUGAUGCCGUAAAUUGUUUGAAACAUAACAGGCGCUCAUCUGAUACUCGUAACAGCGUCAUAAUUACGCCAAGUAAAAGGUCGUCAAGAAAAAUAAACAAGGAGGCGAUGCAGAACAAAAUCCAAGCUGAAUAUAAAAUUUUAAGUGACGCAUUUGGAGUAAAAAUAGCUGAGUUAUUAAUGAAGCCGAUUGUUAUAACUCUAAAUUCUCGGUUACAAAACAUCUCGAACAUCGUCAGUCAAGAAAUAUACAACAUUAUAAAAGAUACAACAACGUUUAAAACGGAUAAAGCGACUAAUAAACGAAUGGUGCGAGAAAUGUCAGAAAAGGUUACUAUUUGGAUAGCCAAAAUACUUGAAGAUUCUGAAGAAAAACUACUGGAAGAAGAUUUAAGAGCAAGAGCGUUACUUCCUGCUGGAGAUAUGGUAACACUCAUUGAAAUAAUCACAUACCAGGAAAGAGACCUAGAAGAACAAGAAGGGCCCGUUCUUGAUGUACUUGACGACUUAGUGGACAGUAUUUUGCAUAAAUGUAUCAAAACUCCAUCGGAUAUUCUGACGCCAGAAUUCUUAAGUAUAACUUCAGAAAACGUCGAAAAAGAUGACCAACAAGAAACCGACCGUCAAACUGCUGAUGAAGAAGCUUCACGAGACGAUGCUAUUACAAUGGAUGAAAAAGCCAAUGAAGUUACCAUAGAAAAUGAUAUUAUGAAACAAUUAAAAAACGUUAUGGACUCGGUUACACAGGAAGCAUCUUUAGAAAGCCCUAGCAAAGUAUCUGACGUUCGUUCAAUGAAUAAUGAAGAAUAUGGAGAACCUGAUAUUAAAUCGGAACCUGAUAUUCAAUCUGAAGCCUAUACCAAUGUUGAACCUGAUAUAACAUCUCAAUCUGAUAUCAAACCUGAACCUAAUACUAAAUUUGAACCUGCUAUUGAUGUACUGUACAGUAACGAUACACCGUUAGCAAUGCCCGAAGACGAUAACGACGAUGAUCAUAAUGAAAACAUAACUGAAAAUAUAAGUGGCUCUCCAGAAUUAAGUUCGACCCAGCUACCCACCAAUGAGAUUACUGAACCACCAAUGAUUGAAAAUGAAAAUAAAGAUGAUGGAAAAUUUGAAGAUAAUACCAUAUUGGCACCUGGGGAAAGUAACGUUACAGAUACAAUUGAUACAAAUGAGGAACAAAGUUCAAAAGUGAGUGGCGCAGUUGAAGUAAUAACUGAAGAAUUAUCUGAGGGAAAGAACAAAACAGUUCAAUUUUCUAAAGAAAACCUUGACUCCAUAAAUGAUAUUCCUAAGGAUCAAAAUAAUCCACGUAACAGGACAAAAUUACAUUUAGCAGAUGAACAGCUAUUAGAAAAUAUUGCAUACUCUGACAGACCUCAUAUAGAUUUUGCCCCACCAAAUGAAGAAUUGUUGAGUGACGCUGACGAAUCAUGGCCAGAAAUGAAACCUUUAACUAAACCCAGUGCGAGUGUAACACGUUCCAUCACUUCUAUGGGGAAAAUAUUAGAAGCGGAUGAGAUGUUCUCUACUGCUCUUGAAGACGCUACUGAAUAUUUACUUAAAACUACGGACUCAAAAGAACAUAACGAGGAUGACAAUUAUGGACAGAAUCGACAAAGAACUACAAGCCCAGAUGCAGCAGAAAUGAUUGAUGAUUUGCAGAGCAGCAAAGAUUCGCUCCAUGUUAACGAAAAAGGCGAUCAGCCAGACGGACCAUUGGUCGAAUCCGAAAUUUACAAUCCAAGUGAAAUAUCUUUGUUAGAACCGACACAGGAAGGUCAGGAAGUUACUUCUAUACAAAAAGAUGCAUCUAUUAUUUGGAUAUGCGAUGAUCAUGUGCCAGCUUCUGAAUUAUAUGACCAUAUUGUUUGGGAAACGGAUAAGUCCAAAAACCAGUCGCAAAGUCCUGAACAUUUGGAGAAAGACACAACUAAUGAUAAUGAAAGACAGAAUGCUACAGAAUUAAUUUCGCAGAAGUUUGAUUACCGAGUUCAUCUAAAAGAUGCCCCUGCCUGGAUAAGACGCGGCCAAGGCGAGCCCAACUUAGGUCCUUGCACCUGCAUGUCAUUGAACUUUUCAGGUUAUGCAAGAACAGACAAAAUGAAAGAGCGGGAGCGUGAAUAUCAAAAAUGGUGCCAAGAUUUGGACUUUAUUCUUAUGAACCUAGAUAAAUGGAACAAGUGGCUAAAGUACAUAUCAAAAUAUAUUACCGAUUUGAAACGAAAAGCAGGCAAAAUUAACAGAGGGCGACAAAGAUCACCUGCACGCACAGAAGAGGACGUAACAUGGCGGCAGUUACACAAGCGCGCAACAGGCGUAGAAGUGCGGAGGCAGGAUAAGACUGUGAAACUCAAGAUGCCGUCUGCACCAUUAAAAUAUUGUCUAAAUUGUGGACGUAGAAAACCAAAUCCAAGUAAAAAGCGUCACCAUCAAAGCAAUUUAAGAAACAAUGGCGAAUUAAAAUGCAAGAGAUAUUACAGACGUGAGCAUGAGGCCCAUCUACGCAAGAACUGAAUGCUGAAGAUUUUUAGUUAAACCCUUUUUCGUGUCGUCUGAGUAGCAAUGGAAUAAAUACAUU